GCGGGGAGCAGAAGUGGAGAAUGGAGGAGCCACCUAGCAGCGCGGCGGUCUGCCCGCCUGUCUUCCUCACAGUGUUGUGCAUCUUUAAUUUCUUAGCACAAACUGAACAACAAAUUCCGCAUCAGUAUUUCGACAAGGAGGAUGCUGUUGACCUGCUGGAAGCUGUAGGUGUUACACACCCCAUCCGUGGCAUUGUCCAAGUCAAGGGAAUGGAGGGAGGGCUUCCAGCCUGGAGGUUCCAUAAGAAUGUUCAACACCUGACUCUUCCACAACACGAAUCCAUCGACUUCCAAAGAAAAGUUACGGAUUCCUUUGGCCUCUACUUUGCUGUCCAGCAGAAGAGGCAAUCAUCUGGCACCCUAAUCUCCUUCACCAUGCCGGCCUUCAUGAGCUACAACGGCCAGCCUCUCCUGCAGCUGUUUUCCAGCAGACGCUCCAACCUGCUCCAGCUAUACUACAUGACUGCCCUUAGUAUGGAGCCUGCUAGCAUUCAUUUCCCCAUAAGCACGGCUUUCUCGAAGGGCCAAUGGGCACGUAUAGCCCUUAGCCUGAACAGGAACAGAGUGGUGCUCUUUGUCAACUGUGAAGAGGCUAAGGUGUUGGAGAAGGAUUUUGAGGAUAUAUUCAGCUCCAUGCUUCUCAAUGACUUGGAGAUCACCCUUGCCAGCACACCUGGAAUCAAUAACAGCAAGUUCCAGGGUUCUUUGCAAACCGCAUGGCUCUCCAGCACCGGCUACAGCACGCGACCGUGGCACUGCCCCAACACAUCAGAUCUAGAUGGGAUUCUCUGGCCAAAAGAGGAUUCUCCGCUCCCUCCAGAAAAUGUCUCCCAUAGACAAGUUCCCAGCAGACACCUGGAGCCUCAGUCUUACUUGUCACAUGACCAGAAGCCUGACCUAUCACUAGACUUACCUCAGAGCGUUAACUCGCAGACUUUUCCACAACGUAAGGUGAUUUGCCUCUGGGAGGGAAAGGACAUUGAGGAAGGCACGUGGACGCAGAAAGGGCCUGAUGAAGUCUGCCUUUGUUAUGCCGGAGAGGUCCGCUGCAUGCCGUCCGGAAAUGGUUGUGUUUAUGAAGGGACCAGCUAUAAAAAUGGAGACGUGUUCCUGUCCAGAUCCAGCCUUUGCACUAACUGCUCGUGCAUAGACGGCCUUGUGAAAUGUAUCCCGGUGACCUGUAUGUUUCCCUUCUGCCUCAACCCCAAGAGCACUUCAGGUUCCUGCUGUCUCCCAUGCUCAGGCUGCAUGAUGGAUGGCGUGAUGCGUGAGGAAGGCUCCGUCUGGAUGGUGGAUCAACAGCCAUGCAGGAGCUGCAUGUGCCUACGCGGGGAGGCCCGAUGCCACGAGGUUAUGUGCCCCCAGACAUCCUGCCAGGAAGACUGCCGAGGGGAUGAUGAAUGUACCAACGCAUGCUGCUUCAAUGGACGAAGAUAUAAAAAUGAGGAGACAUUCAGUGACCCCAGUGACCACUGCAAGGUUUGCGUCUGUCAGACUGGCGAAGUGAUCUGCAGGGCAGUGCCCUGCACGGACGUGACCUGCUCCAAUCCUUAUACACCACGAGGAGAGUGCUGUCCCAGGUGUUCAGAAUGCUUUUUUGAGAAUGCUGUGUACCUCGAUGGUCAGCUGUUUUCCAACCCAAGGGAUCCAUGUCAAGAGUGCACUUGUUUGGGGGGUGAGGUGACCUGCGAGUCCCAUUGUAACCACCCCCAGCCUGCAUCCUAUUGCCAGGACAACCGCAACGAUUGCUACUAUGCUGGGGAGCAGUACCUCAAUGGAAUGGAGUUUGUCCACCCUACCAACAAAUGCAAGACGUGCCGCUGUGUUAAUGGCCAUGUCCAGUGCUUGAUGACGACUCGUCCCCCAUCUCAGUGCAGCGACCCUCAUCUGGUUCCUGGAGAGUGCCACCCUCGAUGUUCAGAUGAAUGCCUUUACGUGGGACGCAUAUAUAGACACUCAGAGCACUUCCGUGACCCGCAAGAUAGGCGCAGGUCAUGUUUCUGCAGUAAUGGGGAAGUGACCUGCCAGGACAACAAGCAGCUGGCCCCCCAGAACCGCUGCUAUCCUGAAGUUAUAACAGCAACAGGUCCUGACCUCAAAGGGGACGAAGGGGAGUUAUGUGUACAAACCGACGAUCAAAGGAAGCUCGAGCCCCCCCGAAGCUAUUGCCCUGAGCACCAAGAUCUUGGUGACUGCCAACCACGCUGCAAGCCACAGCCAGUCCACCAGUGCCCACACACUACCCAAAAUCCUUGUCCACAACAUUCCCCUAACCCCAAUCCUUGUGUCCAGCACCAACCUUGUGAAACUCAAAAUCCCUGCGAGCAACAGGAACCUUCCACUACCCCCCAACCCUGUGUGCAGCACCAACCUUGCAAAACCCAAAAUCCUUGCCCACAACAGGAACCUUCCACUACCCCCCGACCCUGUGUGCAGCACCAACCUUGCGAAACCCAAAAUCCUUGCCCACAACAUUCCCCUAACUCCGAGCCUUGCAUGGAGAACCAACCUUAUGAAACCCAAAAUCUCUGCCCACAACAUUCCCCUAACUCCAAUCGUUGUGUCCAGCACCAACCUUGUGAAACCCAAAAUCCCUGCCAGCAACAGCAACCUUCCACUACCUCCCAACCCUGUGUGCAGCACCAACCUUGCAAAACCCAAAAUCCUUGCCCACAACAGGAACCUUCCACUACCCCCCGACCCUGUGUGCAGCACCAACCUUGCGAAACCCAAAAUCCUUGCCCACAACAUUCCCCUAACUCCGAGCCUUGCAUGGAGAACCAACCUUAUGAAACCCAAAAUCCCUGCCAGCAACACAGACAUUGCCCUGGUUCUAGCGAGCAGCACCAACUUAGCACAACUCAAAGCCCCUGCUCACGUCCCAUUGACUACAAUCCAUGCCCAUCCACUGCCCCUGUCAACAGCAAACCUGCAGCUCCCAAUCCUCUCCUCCGUCGCUAUAAAAAUCACCGCACACGUCACACAUCCCUAAGACUUAGGAAGGCCCGCAAUCCUGCAGCAGCUAAUCCAUUCCAACCAAUCCCAACGGCUAAGACUUAAGUAGCAUCUAAGUCCUGUCAGAAGAAAUGGAAGCGAAAGGAGACCACUGGAUAUGUUAUUUUCUGGAGCAAAUGUACACGAUUCCAUUUGCAUCUUCCCACCUCUAAACACUCUCACUAUGCCAAGUCUCUUAUGCGACAUCUUUUUCAUUUAGCUAGCAUAAAGGUACAGGUGCAAACACAAAAUAAUUUUGUGUAUCAUUCUUACAGGCUUGUAAGUUUCACUGUAGGAAUUGUACACUUUGGAAAAUUAUCAUAGUGCAAGGAAGGUUAAAUACUUCCAUAGAAUACUUUUAUAUGGUGUACCAGUUUAUCCUCUGAUUUAUUAUGACCAUAGCUUAUUGAUGUCAUGUGGGUUACAGCUUAAGGUAGUCACACAAGCAACACUGUAUUGUAUAUCUUCUCAUAAAGAGGAAUUAAAAGCCUCCUUUACUGAAA